UUUCAUCUUCUUCCCCACAAGUCACUCUUUGCCCAUCUCUUUGAACAUCCAUUCUAACAAAUUGCAAUCUCUUUCUUAUCCUCAGAAAUCCAAGAUCAGCAAGCUUCAUUCAUCCGUUCUCUCAUUUUCAUCUGUUUCAGUUUCUGGUAAUCUCUCUCUCUCUCUCUCUCUCUCUCUCAUUCUUUCUGUUUUCCAUUUUGAUUAUUUGAUGGGAGAUGAAUCGUGCUUUACACAGAGUAUGCAGGGGUAUUGUGAACAAAAUUCCAUAUUUCAUGAACUUUGAUGAACUAGUACUCACUGUCGAACAUCUCCUAGUUUGGAAAACAUCUUUGGUAGCCUUUUGGUGAAGAUAAUCACUCAUAGGUUAAGAACAGUAUAAACUAUAAAGGGCUUACCAUGACUGUCAUUGUUUUGAAGCCAGUGUGCUCUGUGGACUAUGUUUUUUAACUGUUGCCCUUUGUUCACUCAACUGAAUGGUAUUCUUUUAUCUCUUUCCAAAAAGGAUGGAGCCUUUUGUUCUUAUUUAUCUGGCUUGAUGCUUGUGUGUCUAAUUGCUUGGUUUAAGAAGGUAUUAAAUUAUUGCUUGUUCAAACUUGCAUUAAGGAAAAAUUUUUGCUAGUAGCAACAUUGCAUGUACAUAUUGUUUUACUCUAGCAAACUCUUUGCUCUUGUAAUUGGUGGAAAUAUCAGCAUGAUCUCUCUCUCUAAGGAGACAAGCAUAUGUGUGUGCUUUUAUGUGUAUGUGCCUCUUUACAUGUAUCAGUGUGCUUACUCUACCAAUCUAAGCUAAGAAUGUUUGAUAUUUGCAACAGAGCGACUAUGGAGCAAAACUUCUUUGAGUCAGGGGCAACCUUGGAAUCUGAUGGAGAUUUAUCUCUCAAGCAGAAAUGGGGUCCUAUCGCAGCUCCAAAAAGAGAUCCAGAAAUGAACAGUGGCAGCUUCCAAUGCAAUAUUUGCUUAGAUUCAGCUCGAGACCCCGUAGUCACUCUCUGUGGUCAUCUGUACUGCUGGCCAUGCAUUUACAAGUGGCUUCAUGUCCAAUCCUCCUCUCUCAAGGAAGACCAACAACAGCAAAACUGCCCUGUUUGCAAGACAGACAUCUCUCCUAGUUUGUUGGUCCCCCUUUAUGGCCCUGGCACAUCCUCAGAAUCUGAAUCCAAGACGGCCCAGUUGGAUGUGGUUAUACCCCCUAGACCACAACCUUCUGGAUUGAUUACCUCUACCUCACAUCCAAGUCAACGACUUCAUGGAAGUGUUUUCCGCUCUCAGUCUCAGUCAUUUCAUCACCAACAAUACUUCCCUCAUACACAUAGAGGCUAUGCAGCCAUGGCAUCAUCUAAUCUUGGUAGUACUCAAAUGACAAAUUUCUUCAAUCCAACAAUUGGGAUGUUUGGGGAGAUGGUUUAUGCCAGGUUCUUCGGGAGCCCAGGGACAAGUUUGUUUGCUUAUCCUGACCAAAAUUCCUACCCUUUUUUGGUGAAUAACAGUAUUAGGAUGCGAAGGCAGGAAAUGCAACUUGACAAGUCUCUAAAUAGAGUAUGCAUCUUUCUUUUCUGUUGCAUCUUCCUCUGCCUUCUCCUGUUUUGAUGGCUUUAGUUUCUAGCUCUUAACAGUUAGAGUCAAGCCAUGAACGUGCAGUAUAUAUAGAUGGUAAUAGCAUUAGCAAAACCUGGAACUCACCUCCCAGGUUUCUCACGGAAAUUUUUGUGUAUGUAUAUAGGAUCAUUAUUUUUUUUAAUGCAAACUGGAAGUUAGUAUUUGUAUGUAUAUUUUGCAAUCUUAUGUAAAUGAAUUAGCAUUUAUCUC